AUGGAAAAUCUAGAUUACAUAAGAAAAUUAUCUUCUUGGGCAGAUGCUAAUGGAUUGAAUCAAAAUGUCACUAAUAUAAAGCAAAAGAGGAAACGAGAAUCAAAAAUCAUAAACAAAAAUAAAAAUUAUGAUAGUGAGAAGUUAAAACAAGAAAAAAGGACGAAAAAAAUUAAAAGUGAAGUUAAUGUGGAAUCAGAAAAUGUUGAUUUCAAUAUGGAAAAUGAAGAAGAUAGAUUUGAGAAUAUUAGUAGUGUAUCUGAAGUGACACAAGAAGAAAUAUUGUCUGAUAAUAUCCCCCAUGAUGUACUUGAAUCACAUGAUAAUAGUAUACAAGAUUUGGGAGAUGAACUGAAUGUUACCAAAGUAUUGAAUGAACAUGAUAUUAUCCUGUCUAUCAUAAAUGAGGAUAAAACACCUGAGGCAGAUGAAGAAGAAAAUCAUCAAAGUCAGUUGGCUAAUAAGAAAAAAGAACUAAUGUCUGAUAUUUUCGAAGAUGUGAAUUGUUCUUCAAGAAAUGAACCAAAUUCAGAGGAAUCUGAUUUUUUUUUGUCUUUGAUAUAA